AUGUCUUCGACUCCUGAAGCCAAACAUAUUGAUUUGCCAGUGACCACUCCCAGCAUGUCGCUUCCACAUAACAGCAGGAAGCGCCCCAACAAUAGCGCGGAAGAGCAAUCGUCAAGAGCCUGCGAUCAGUGCAGAAGCCGCAAGGUUAAGUGUGAUCGUCAGCAGCCUGAAUGCUCCAACUGCCGCAGGGCCGGAGUGACGUGCGACUUCUCUGAUAUGCUUAGGCGUGUUAACUAUGCUAAGCGACUUCAUGACGAGUUCUCGAGUGUUUCAGCUCGUAUGGAUAAGCUUGAAGCGACUAUGGCCAAGCUUCCAGAGCAAAUUGCUCAGAGCUUGUCAUCGUCUUCCCCAACAUCAAAUGCUUCCUCAUUGACUGGACCCGCAGGCCCACGAAGUCUGUUGAAAAAAGCUCAAGCCAUGAUCCUGAAUCCAAGAAAUGCAGAAAAUAAAUAUGAAGAAGCUUCCGAGAAAUGGCAGCCGCAUUUUGAACGGAUUCAGAUCGCCCAAGGUGGUGAGCGAAUUGUGGGUUAUCCAGCAGCACUCACCCUCUUCGUUUCAGUCAAAAGACACCUGCUGAGGGCACUGACAUCAACUACCCGUGACCCUUCUCAAGAUACAAACAGCAACCACUACUUGUCAAGACUGAUGCGCACCAAGCCCUUCCUACAACCGGAAUUUCAGAAACAUUCGCAAGUCUUCCCGUUCAAUGGGAUCUGUAAUGAUCCAUCUAUCAAGUCUGAUGGCCGGGCCCUCAGCACGCCACCACGCACCUUAUUGGUGCCAGCCCUCGAGUAUUUUUUCGAGCAUGUCAAUUCGUACAUCCCUAUCUUUGAAGAAGCCUAUCUUCGCGAGAUGGUCGACGAACACUAUGCAGAUAUUAAUAAGGACCAGAGCGCUGCGAGACCUCUGAUACUAAAUUGUAUCAUCCUUCUCAGUUUGAAUAACUCGGCGAGAAGGAAUGGAAUAACCGAUGCUCACAUGGGCACAAUGGGCGAAGACCUCAUCCCGACUUUUCGAAGAAAUUGCGAUAGGGCACUUGCCAACCUUUUUGAGUUCACCCGCCCUGCUCAAGGAAAUGUUCAAGCACUCAUGACGCUGGCAUUAGUUGCACGCGAAUCCUACGGAUCUAUGGCCUUUGAAAAAGUCUGUCAGGUAGCAAGCCAGCUCGUCCGUUCUACAGGCCUUAAUUUGGCGAGAAGACCCCCGCCAGCAUCCUGGGAAAAGAUGAAUCAGCCAGAAAAGCUUUUUUGGGCAAUGUAUAUGUUGGAUAAACAACGAGUUUUCUUUAAUGGACACCCGUGCGAUCUUUACCUAUUUGAUUCCGAUUUACAGCUUGCAAGCUGCCGUGACGACGCGACAUACUCGGAGCGAUUGAACGCGGCGACGGUACACCUGACGGCUAUCUGGGAAGAAAUAUUCAUCGCUUUAUAUUCCUGUCGUGGUUCCCGAUCGAGCAACGCCCAUCGUAGUCGUCAGGCUGAAAUGCUCCGAAACCUGGUCAAUGAAUGGGGCUUGCAGCACCACACCGUCAUCAAUCAACUAUCUUCACUUGAAGUACCACCGGGAAGUGAUCCACUACAAAUUGAACUGAAAUAUACCUAUCACGCAACGCAGAUUCUGAUUAAUCGAUGCGACUCAAGUGAGGAAAGCCAACAGCAAAUCUUGUUUCAUGCGCGUAGCGCCCUGAAAAUUAUCCAUCUGCUCGCAAGCGCACAGCCAUUGACUGUGAGCCACCUCGUAGCGUUGGAGCGCAUUUUCCGCAACUAUCCAGCCGUUGCAUUUACUGAUCUUCUUGCUGUUUGCCUGACUAACGGCGUAGUGGGCAGAGAAGAAGAUUUACAAUUGCUCCGAACUGCUCGUAGCGCUUAUCAACUCAUUCACGAGCCCAAUAUGUACUUCGGUAACGUGGAGAAGCCCUACAUAGGCUUUAACUGGUGCAUCGGCUUGCUGGAUUUGGUAGAGAGCGCAGAACGUGGAAGCAACAGGACACAUACGAGUGUUUCUUCAUACCAACCGAUCACCCAUAUACAAAAGCUUGAUAACUCCAAGAACUCUUUUCAGAUGAAUGUGGCUUCUCAAGGAAAUGUUGUCCCCAAUCAUCAGGUACCUCCUGCAAAUAGUGUCCUUACUGGUUUGCCAAACGACGUGUCAGUAGUUCCUACAACUGGCUCGCUUGAAAUGCCUUUCUUUGACUUUGAUUUUUACCAGGGAUUAUUCCAGCAAGAAUCAUGGGAUUUGUCUACGUCUCUUUAG